AUUUACUCUCUAAAGCCUAAUUUUUAAAAUAUAUUCCCAAACAAAAUUUUAGUAAAUUUAAAUUAUAUAAAGAUGAAAAAAUAGACGGUUCUAUUUCUGAUAUAGUAUAUUAAUUUAUGGAAUAAGCAUCUCGAUAUACAAACAUCCCUCCUGAUAUGCUAAAUUUUUACAAAUAAUGUGACAUAAUGUUAGAAAUGACAAUACCUUUCGAAAGACAAGAUGGCACAAUGGAAAUAAUAAAAGCCUAUAGAACUUAACAUAAAACCCAUUUACUUCCCACUAAAGGAGGACUUGUUAUUUCUCCAAAUAUUUCUAAAUCUGAUAUUGAAGGAUUUGCAUGCUUAAAUACUAUUAGAUGUAAUACAUUUCAUAUUCCAUAUGGGGGAGCUAAAGGUGCAAUUGUACUUAAUCCUUAAAAUUAUUCUGAAAGAGAAAUGGAAAAUAUUAUAAGAAAAUAUACAACUGAAUGUGCAAAAAAAGGACUUAUUGGUAGUUCUGUUGAUGUUCCUGGAUUAGAUCUUGGCUCAACAGAAAGGGAAAUGAAUUGGAUUAAAGAUACAUAUUAAUUUUUUAAUGGAAGAGAAGAUAUUAACUCUUCUGCUUGUGUGACAGGAAAAGUUUAAAUUAAAAUGGACUUAAUGGAGGUGUUGAAUCAUAUGGAUAUUGUGUAUAUUAUGCAUUAAAACAUAUGUUAUGUUUUAAUGAUUUUUGCAAAAAAGCAGGUUUAACAUAAGGAUUAAAAGGAAAAACUUUUAUUGUCGAAUAAAGUCAUUGUAGAAGCUGCAAACCUUUCCAUAACUCCGAAAGCUGAAUAUAUUUUGGAAAAAAACGGAAUUUUAAUUAUCCCUGAUAUACUUGCCUCUACAGGAGGUUUCCUUUCUGGAUAUUUUGAAUGGAUUAAAAACAUUAGUCAUAAAUAAAGUCAUGGUUCUAUGACUAGAAGAUGGCAAGAAAAAAGUAAUCUUUAUCUCUUAGAAACUAUAUAAGAAGAAACUGGACUUAAAAUAAAGGAACAUAUGAGUGAUAGUUUGAGUAAAAUUUCAGGAGCUACCGAAAGAGAUCUUGUAUUAAGUGGAUUAGAAGAAGGUUUUGAAAGAUCUUUAAAUGAAAGUAUUGAAACUAGUAAUAAAUUAAAUAUUAAUUUAAGAUAAGCUGCAUAUGUAAAUGCACUUUAAAAAUUGCAUACUCAUUAUUAAUAAGUAGGUAUGGCUUUCUCGAAAUGA